GUAAAAGACAAUGAUGUAAAAGGCAUUCAAUUGACAGUUCUGUCUCCCGUCACGCAGACAAACAUUGUAGCUCAAAUAUCAGUGAAUAACCCAGAGCAUUUACGCACACUCCAAGCGAGGUUGUACCGCGAUGAUAGAGCUGAUAAACCCACGGCCUCUGUAAAACUGAGCAACUGGAAAUGGUCCACAUAUGCACUCAAUUCAGGCCUCAUUACCUUGCCUUCUGUCUCAAUGGAUGGUGCACGAUACCUCUUCCAGCUUGAAUCAAGUUUGUCCCAAAAUUCUCAUUCUUACACAUUACCAUCAGUUAGUUUUAUUGCAAACGAUUCCUUCCAGUUAAUUAAAGCUGUAUUUAAUCCUGAGCCGCGACUCAGUGAAAGUGAAUUCAACAACAAAUCCUUCAUAGUAGUUCUCAUUUUAGCUUCACUGGCCAUUGCUUACUACAAACAAGAUGUGUUGAUGAAUUGUAUCAUCCCGCUCACAGCAAUACGUUGGACUUCACGAGAAUAUAAAAGAGUUGUAAAUGAUGAAAAUAACUCAGAUGUAGUAAUUGUCGAGCCAGUUAGUAUUAAGAGAAAAUUGAAGCCGAAAAAGCUGUAGUAAUUAUUGCAUUUACAUCAACUUCCUAAUAUCCUAAGUUUUAUCAGAAAACGUUGGAAAGUCAUAUUCUAUUUACACCUUAGGGGGGUAUUUUAUUGUAGGAUCUAUUACAUUAUUGAACGGUUGAGGAGAAAACAUGCAACACCUGUGAAAACAGUUUUGUUAGUAGAUUUUGGGAAGCAGUUUAUCAUUUGUAAAUAAACUUUGUUUACAAGGUUUUAGAAAUCGAAGUUGAUCAGUAUUCCACGUUUUUUCCGGAAUGUAUAAUGUUGACUAAAUUAGUCAUCGUCUCUUUUUAAGCAAUCCUCAAUUUCUAUGACUAUUUCUAAAUCAUGAGUUAUACAAAUUAAAGUUUGGUUCCCAUUGGUUCAA